AUGAAAGAACUAUUGCCAUCACUGUACAUGGUACUCAUAGCAUUGUGCUCUCUCCAAAGAGCCAGCAGCGAGUAUUUGGAUAUGGAAGGAUGGACAGCCGACAAGCACUGGGCUGUUGGAGACAUCAACUGCACCCAUGGACUUCUCGAGUUCAAUAAACAUACACAAAAACGAGUCUACACAGUCGGAGUCCACGCUCCAGCAGGCAUUGACAAAGCAUGGAACGAAUUCAACAUGACGUUCGAGACAUACUUGACGGAAGUCGUUGGAAAGCGUUUUGAUCCUCCCAUCGAAUUUCAGAUGAAGCCAUCAGAGUGGCCUUUACUUGACUGGAUUGAUAAUGCUGAAGAUGUGGACUUUAUGUAUUCUGACACUGGUCUAUACUCUUGCAUCGGAACAGAGAUUGGAGCCCAGCCACUUGCCACAACCAUUGCGAGUCUAGAAUCAAGGGGACGCGAAUACGAACUAGACUCAUAUGGCGGUACAAUCUUGGCUUUAGCAAGCAACACUGCUGUCAGCACUAUCGAAGAUCUGAAAGACAAGGUGAUUGCAGGACAGGCCUUCUCUGUGUUUGCUGCUGGACAAUCACAGUUCUAUGUCAUGCACAAGGCUGGACUUGAUUACAUCAUGGAUCCAAAGCAGGUUAUCUUUACAGGUAAUCACGACGAAACAGUGAAUGGAGUCCUCAGCGGAAAGUGGGAUGUUGGCUUCGUUCCAUCUGGAAGAGCUGAACUCACUGUCGACGAAGAGACUGGUAAAUACAUUGACUCUAGUCUAUUCAAGGUGAUCGAGCCGAAGAUUGCUAUCAUGAAUAAUGGCGACUUGUUCCCAUUCCUCCAUUCGACGCCCGUCUUUCCAGAGUGGCCCUUGUUUGCAAAGAAAGAGGUUGACAGUAUUGUCUCCGAAAAAGUGGCAAUUGCUAUGAUGGAAUUUAGGGCACACAAGAAUGUUGGGACAGCAAUCCAUCAAUGUAUGACGGACGCUGAAACUCCCGCGGAACUAGAACUCUGUAACACGAUGCCUCCAGUAUAUUUUGACCCUGCUGCGCGCUGUGACACUACACGAGAGCUGGCAGAGCUAGCUUAUCAGGCUGGCACUGCUGGUCAUCACUCUGGUAUGCGACCGGCAAAAUCUCACUUCCAAGUGAGAACAAUGCAACAAGACGCAGGUUUCAUUAUCCGAGAGGACCUCAACGACGACUGGCACUGUGAACGAGCCUCAAGAACUUAUCACGGUGUCACGUGCCCAGAAGGCCACUACAAGAUCGCGGAGGACCAAUUUGACAGCCACUGUGACAAGAAAGGUUUGCCUUGCCCGGAAGGGGCCACCUGCUAUUGCCGGCCUUGCGUAGAGGCAUAUGAGGUUGAUGUCUUUCCAUGGGACAUUUCUGUCGAUGGUGCUGUGACCGAAGAUCAUGAAAGAUGUGAAAAGAUGAGUCUUUGCGGCGAGGGGGAACAAAACGAAGAUGUUGUCUUCCACGCCUACGAUAACUUGGAGCGUACGAAUGCAACAGUGACAGCUUUGGUGCACCUUGGCCAAGAAUCGAGGUAUCUUGAAGUGAGACAUAAUGCGGGUGGAUUCAAUCAGUACGAAUUCACGUUUUCGCAUAGAAAUAGGGGUGUGGCCAUUUUGGAAGUCUUCUUUGAUGGAGUCCAAAUCCCAGAAUCACCUUUCCGAAUACAAGUCUUUGACAAGGAAUGCCCAAUACGGGGAAUGGUAGCGAGCGACGAUGGUGUUUGUGAAUGUUCAUCCAGCGCGAUCGACAUCUUUGGUGAAUGUGUUUCGGAAGGAGUUUUUGCUGGAAUUGUCUCAGGCAUUUGCGUUAUGAUUGGCUUUGUUGUUGCGCUGUUCUACAUUGCGUACAAGAAGAAGAAGAACGACGAAGUUUGGCAUGUGAGCGUAGAAGAAUUGCACUUUAGUCACCCUGUCGAAAUCGUUGGGCAAGGUGCCUUUGGUGUUGUCUUACUUGCUGAAUUCCGUGGUACAAAAGUGGCAAUCAAGCGAGUCUUGCCACAAAAGGAUAAGACGAAGAGAAGUGGGUCCGUCGCAAGCAUGGGAAGCAUCGGUGCCCCAGUUGUAAGCGAAGAGGACGAGCACGAAGACAUCGAGACCGGUGAAGCUGCUGGCACGACUAGUGGGACGACUUCAGGCUUUGGCGGCCUUGACUUCCUGGGUGGCUUCAGCUUCAAUGGAAGGAAGAAGGGGCGAAUCAGUCGCUGGUUGGGAGGACGCCUCAAGGAUGAUACUUCGAAGUACAAUUUGAGCAUCCUUGGGUCCUUUUCAGCUAAAAGUUCAAUAUCGCAAGGACUCGCCACUUGGCUUUUCCCAUCGUGCAAUGAAACUGCUCGUCGUCACGAGCAGUUCAAGGAAGAGAUGAGACUUCUGUCAAGACUUCGACACCCUUGUAUUACAACUGUGAUGGGAGCCGUGAUGAAUGGAAUCGAACCCAUGAUGGUAAUGGAAUAUAUGGAAAAUGGGUCCUUGUAUGACCUCCUACGCAACGAGUCUUUCUUCAUGGGUGGAGAAAUCAUCUUGCAAGUUGUUCGCGACAUUGCGCAGGGUCUACGUUUCUUGCAUUCUUCGAAGCCUGCAAUUCUGCAUGGUGACUUGAAGGCAAAGAAUAUUCUUAUCGACUCAAGGUUCCGUGCAAAGGUUUGCGACUUUGGACUGGCUACGAAGGGCAGGAACGAUCUGUCUGGAACUCUCUACUGGCUGGCACCAGAAUAUUUGCGAAGAAGAUCAGAAUACAAUGAAACCUGCGACAUCUACUCGGUUGGAAUGAUUCUUUAUGAGAUUUACAGCCGCAAGACACCAUAUGAGGGAGAGCCACUCCGUAAGGUCCUACGCAAGGUAUGCGACCCCCGCAUCAAUUACCGUCCAGCUGUCCCCGGAACUUGUCCCAAGCGCAUGUCCGAAGUCAUGACCCGGUGCUGGAGUAGCGAUGCCUCCUACCGUCAUCAAGCAAAGGACUUGGAUAUGAUCUUUGGCGAAAUGAGUUCCCGUGAAGCUGACCCGCUCUUGGAGGAGGCUAAUACUCGCGUGAGGACCGAAGUGGCGACUGGUGAUAUGCUUUACAAGGUUUUCCCCAAGAAGGUUGCUGACAAGCUUCGACAUGGCGAGAAGGUGGAACCUGAAAAUCACGACAACGUCACUAUCUUCUUCAGUGAUAUUGUUCGGUUCACCGAUAUUUCUCGUGCUUUGUCUGCAGUCAAGGUGUGCAAUAUGUUAGACCGACUGUACAUGGCAUUUGAUGAGUUGUCAACGAAGCAUGGAGUGUUCAAGGUGGAGACGAUUGGAGACGCCUGGAUGGGCGUAACAAACUUGGAAGGAAACCAAGAAGGUUCUCAUGCUAAGCGCAUUGCCGAGUUUGCGAUCGACGCUGUGCAAGCGGCUGGAAAUGUUUUGAUUGACGAAGACGAACCUUCUGCUGGCUAUAUCCACAUUCGCGUCGGUUUCCACAGUGGUCCAGUCGUGAGUAAUGUGAUUGGAUCAUUGAAUCCGAGGUACGGUCUCUUUGGAGACACUGUGAAUACCGCCUCCAGGAUGGAAUCUCUGUCUGUGAGUGGUCGCAUUCAAUGUUCCGAUGCCGCAGCCAAGCUUUUGAAGGAACAAGCUCCAGGAUUGCCUCUCUUUAAGCGUGGCAAAGUUGCAGUCAAGGGGAAGGGUAGCAUGGUCACUCACUGGGUGGGCAAGGGAGAGAAUGCACCAGUUGUCGCCGGUCAUUUUGAUGAACCACGUCCAUUGGUGAACUUUGACGAGAAGCCACAAAUCAUGACAUCCCCACCGCCAAAUGCUAGUAAAGUUUUCCGCAGUCCAGCGGUGGUGACAUCAAAGCACCACGACGAGAUUGCAAUGAACCAUCCUUCUCGGCACACCACCAUGACGGGAGCCACCAAGUAUACACGAGAAAUCCCAACAGCAUUAAAAGUUCACAAACCGACCGAAGUACAAAAAUCGCCGAUUGUACAAGCAAGGCCCGCAAUCACGUUUCAACGAUCCUUGUCGCAAUAG